UCCGCGUGAGCGGAUCCGGCGUGGCCAGCGAGCCUGCGUGUCCCGAUCGAUACGCAGCUAGCAAGAUGUUGCAGAGCUGCAGCGGCGGCGGGUCCAGAUGCGCGAGACGCGCUCUGGUCUUCGUGUUCGCCUGGGGCCUCGUGAUGAUCGCUGCUGUACAAUUCCGUCACGUGGAGAACAGCUUCAGAGAGACUCCGACCGCCGAGGAUUCCACCAGCGAGCUUCUUAUCGACGAUGUUUAUCAUCGUCGUGAAAUGAUGAACAAUCGUGGCUCUUCCAGCCUUGGUCUAUCCAGAUACCUGCUUCAAAGAUCCUCAGCCGACUCGAGUUUCUCGAAUUCAGGAAGUUCAGGCCUGCUGACCACCUUAACCAUUCUAUCCAACAAUCCAACGCGAAAUCCUCUGGAAUUGGAGCCGUUGUUGGACAAAAGACCAGCCAAAACUGAGGAAGAAUUAAUCCAAGAGAUAGAACAAAGGUUACCAAGCCUACCGCUAGCUUACUGGAGCAAGAACAACAAGUACUCCGGCAGUCAGAGUAAAGUGAAGAAGAACGAUAGCUGUUCCAACUUGAAAUAUCCUUCUAUAUACGACAUAGAGUUUAAUAAUGUUUAUUGGCAGACGAUGAGGACCAGUAAUGGAACGUUCCAGUUAUUCGGUGCUUUCUACGAUCGUAGAAAGUUGUCCAGAAUUGGCCCAGCCAUCAGAAUCGUCGGGAUGAUUGAUAGAAUCGAGCCAACAGUGAAGACUCAUUGUCAACUGUGGUACGAUGGUGAGAGAGAGCCGAAAGUUGUUGAAACUUUGGAGUACAAGUACAUCUGGUACCCUAAAUGGGGUAAUUACAAACAGGGAAUUUACCAGCCAUACGUGAUAGCCUGCAAGAUUCCACAGUCUCAUUGGCUCAAGGGAUCGCCUGCAUCUGUGUCUAUGGUGGAGAAACCAUGUGACACUCCAACGAAUAAUCUCAGAGUCAUCUAUAAUAAACCUGAUAAAAAGAAAGACUUUGCUGUCUGUGUGAAGGGUUUGGACUUUCUUCACGAGGAUCUGUCUGUCAGACUGGUCGAAUGGAUUGAACUGAUCACUCUGUUAGGAGCUGACAAGAUAUUCUUCUAUCAGCUUCAGGUGCAUCCUAACGUGACUAAAAUUUUGGAUCAUUAUCAGGGAUUAGGCAAGGUACACGUGACACCGUUGACACUGCCUGGUGGACAGCCUAAUGUUCCUGCUUUUCAACACAUGUAUCUAACUAAAAAGACUAAUCAUAAGAGACAGAACGAAUUGAUCCCCUAUAAUGAUUGUUUGUACAAGCACAUGUACGAAUACGAGUACAUAGCUCUAUUGGACGUGGACGAGGUGAUUAUGCCAGUACAGGACGCCACAUGGCAGGAUCUGAUGAAGAGGGUGCUGACCAAGGCGUUCAAGAUUCGAAAUGAAACCAGAGCUUCGUAUAAUGUGAGGAACGUCUACUUUUUGGACGAUCUGCUGCAUAGUCACGGAUACUUCAAGGAUAUACCUAAGUACAUGCAUAUGCUACAGCACGUCUAUCGUUCCAAAAACUUCACCAAGCCGAAUCAAUACAUCAAGUGCUUCCACAAUCCAGAGAGGGUUGUAACCUUACACAAUCACUUUCCCUUAGCCUGCUUGGGCGCUGGAUGCACUAGUUACCCUAUUGAAACAGAGGAUGCACAGCUACAACAUUAUCGUGCGGAUUGCGUGAAAUCGUUGAAGAAAACUUGCGUGGAAUAUCGAGAGAAUAGUGUGUUGGAUAAGACCAUAUGGCGAUACAAGGAUCAAUUGAUCGAGAGGGUGACCAGGACGUUGGAAACUUUAGGCUUCUUUGGACCAAGCUAGCGCGAGCCAGACUUCUUGACUUUCUAUUUCGUGUGCUAUC